AUGGCGGCUUGCGUGAGUGACACGCAUAAAUUUGCGCCGGGUUACGACCGUGCAGUUCGAAACGACCAGAACAACCGACCUCUGGUGAUCCAGACCAAACGUGCUUUUAUGAGGUCUUUCAUCUUGAUACUAUCUUUAUUGGUGUCGCUCGCCGUGUACAAAUUGGCUUUAUCAUCGAGAUACAAGCGAUUGUGGCUGGGCUCGUAUGAGUUGCCGGCCGAUGACGACGACAUAGUCAAAUUGAGAACAUACAAGAUUCUCAACGGCCACAAUGAUCUCAGCUACUACCUGAGAUGGCUGGUGAGAGAUCGCAUCAACAGUUCAAAUUUCACGACGCCUUUCGAAAACGGACAGCUAGAUGGCCACACUGACCUGGUCAAGCUACGUCAAGGUCGAGUAGGCGGCAUAUUCUGGGGCAUAUUCACUGACUGCCCUACAAACGACUAUGACGCCGAAUAUCUCGCCAAGAUGUCUACGAACACCCAAGCAGCUGUAGAUGUGCUCAAACGGAUCGAAGGAAAGUACCCACACAACUUUGAGACGGCGUCGGCGAGCCAUGACGUCGGCUCAAUCUUCAAAUCUGGUCGCAUUGCCACAGCAUUCGGCCUAGAGGGCCUGCACAUGAUUAAUAACUCGACGGCGAAACUACGAGAAUUCUAUCAUUCAGGAGUGCGCUAUGCCACCCUGGCCCACAACUGCCACAACGCCUAUGCAGACGCUGCCAUAGUUCGACUACCCGGAAGCGACCAUAAUUCACCGGCUCCACCAAAAUGGUCCGGUCUCAGCCCGGCUGGCGAGAAGAUUGUCGUUGAGAUGAACCGCCUCGGCAUCAUGGUUGACCUGAGCCAUGCCUCCGCUGCUACAGCACAACAGGUACUCGAAAGAUCCACCGCUCCGUCGGUCCGCAGACUCAUUCCAAAGCAAACGAGUGGGUGGGAUGGACGGCUUGCGCCCCCAAUAAUGAGCCAUAGCAACGCCUUUGCGCUAUGUCCACAUCCACGCAACGCUCCCGACGAUGUCCUACAGCUUAUUCGUGCCCGAAAAGGCAUCGUCAUGGUGACCUUUGUCCCAGAGUUUGUCAGCUGCUAUUGGCCGGACGGAACGCCUGUCCCUGACAAGGUCCCACAGCUCUAUCCGCCCAACGCCACGAUGCAACAUGUUGUUCGCCAUGUCAGGUAUAUUGGUGACCUGAUAGGCUAUGACCACGUCGGCAUUGGGAGCGAUUUUGGUGGUAUGCCGGCGGCGGUCGAAGGACUGGACGACGUGUCCCGCUUUCCCGAUUUAGUGACCGAGAUGAUCAAGCAGGGCAUCUCCGACGACGACAUUUCGAAAAUCAUUGGGAGAAAUAUACUGCGCGUCUGGGAAUCUGCCGAAUUUGUGUCAGAAAAGAUGCAGGCAGCUGGCGUUGAACCUAUUGAGGAUGACCUCCCGGUGCAAGAUUGGCCUUGGAACAAUUAA